GAAUUAAGUGUCAAAAUGUAUGGUUGGAAUUCGGUGGCCCGUCGAAGUGGCUCAAGACCCAAGAGAUCCGCAAGUCUGCCGCGUAGUAUCUCGAAAGAACUCCGUCAAAGACAACAGAUCGAUCGCCUUCGAAAGCUGGAAAAGGAGCAGAUGACCGGAUCACAAGGAUCCGAUGGCCCAGGGCCGAGUCCCAAGGGGUGUUUUUGUCAGAUUGGAUCAAGCUUCAAGGCUGUGAUGUUCCUUCUUCUAAUUUUGGCCGCCACUGGAGCCCUAGGCUUUUGGCUCUAUCAAAACAAGUUCGGUCCCAAUGCCAUUCAGGACCCACACUUACCCAAUUUACCCUCAGUGAGCACACUCAAGCCCAGACAGGGUAAAGAUCUGAAUCUUUCGGACAAGCUAGAAGAAAAUACGCAGAAUCAAACGAUUCCGAACAAGAUUAUCCACGAUUCUGAUCCUGAUCUUUACAUUGACUUUGAGGGAAAACUUCACAAGGUCUCGGAUCUCAAGGAAGGAAAGAAGACAUUUCUCACCAACGACGGAAGAUUAGUUGUCUUAGAAGAGGAUUUUGAGGAGACUGAGUACGGAACCACCACAUUUGAGACACUGAUGAGCACAACGGAAGAAAUCGGCUCACAACCAACUGACUCGUCCACACAAGUUGAGCAACCAACGACAACCGGAACCGGUUUAAAUGAAAACAACGGGGCUGAGGAAGUCGUGGAGGAUCAAUUGACCGUUCCAGAGCAUCCUCAAAACGAAACCUUCUCUACUUUGGUGGAAACAUCGCUCGUUACGAAGACCUUGGUGAUUGAGUGGUCGAGUACCGUGACAAAGAGCAUCAUCCAAAGCGUCUCAGGUCUAGCUGUUACCUCAGUUCAUGCCCAAGGGGAUGAUGAAGAUCUAGUAGUGAUAUAUGGCACAGCAUCUGAUUCCUCCCUGACCCCUCCGUCAUCCUCGGCCUCCCCCCGAACCCCCCGAGCUUCCAACUAUCAACCCUCACUGCAUACAUUUACUGUUGGACGAGAGGCCUCGGCCACGUUUCAAUCCUCCGUAGAAGUGGACGACACGCCUGUAGUCCAUCCCACCAGGAUCUUUGGUGGGUUGGACUCAGUGUUUGGACAACCCUUCCAAGACUCAAAGACACUCAAUAGCUUGGUAACCAAGACUGUGACUGGUUUUCUGGACUUUGUCACCACGGUGGGAAACACGGUGAUUGUUUUUACCCCUCAGACAACAGCUGUCGAGGCUACUUCCAGGAUAAUAACCACGACUUUAGCCUCAAUACAGACCUCAACAUCUGAGGCAUUAGAGCGACUCACACGGGUUCUAUCGACAGCCGAUCCUUCGAAUUCGGUUCCAAAGGUGACUUCAUCGGAAGUGAUCACGACAUCGCCUUUCGAUGAAAGACCCAGUUUUGGCUUGGAGGAGCUCUUCAACAAGUUCGAGCGCCCCAAAUUCCCCAGACUAGCCCCUUCCACGCCCGAAAGUGGAUCCAAUGCCAUUAAGGAGAAUCUCAAGGCAUUCAUCCGACCCAGUUCUGUUAUUAAGGAGACUGAUACUCAACAUGAAGGAGUGACGACCCUUUCCAAUGGAGUGGUUGAAGUUGAUGGCGCCAGCGACGCUCCCACAUUUGAUAAAGCCUCGAUCGAGCCUGCAGUGGGUAUUAUUGAAGAUGACUUCCACGUGUUCACCAAAACCCAACAAGCCGCUCCAACUGUGACCCAAGUGGCCUCGACCACACUCUACUCGGAUUUCAUUGAAGGCGAUAGCCACGUGGGAUUAGUGACCCAGACUGGAGGAACCCUCAUUGCCCAUGGUGUCACUACGGUCCAUUCGACGCGAGUCUUCGGAACUUACAUGGACGAUGGACAGUAUGCCCAAGUGGUCCAGAGCACUUCCAAGAUAUUCGAGGAUGAAAUAAAGGCUACUCCGGUGGCCAACUUUGGCACUGUUCUUCAUGUGACAGAGAAGCCUUCGUUUGGGGUCAAUGUUCCAACCCAAGAUGAAUACCAGUUAGACGAUGAUUAUGUGGAAGAACCAAAACAAGAGGAAGAACCCAAGUCUAGUAAUCAAGAGGAUGCCAAGUCGUCGGGAGAGGGCGUUGGAUCCGUGGAAGUUAUUUCAUCCAAUGCCAAUCCUAUCGGAGGUUACACCCACCCGGUUGCUAUCCGGAAAAACUCUGCCGUGAGCGAUUUUAAGGAGAGACUCAAAUCUCGAUAUGCUCAGUUCAAGAAGAGCCUCAAACAAGAAGACAACCGACGGGACUCAUCAUUUGGACGAGGAAGUGUCCAACCGCUGUCAGGCCGUUUGCCAACGAGCUCAAAUGUGAGAGGACUUCAAUCCGGAGCAAGGAAGGAGCGACAACGGUUUUCUAGCAAUUCCGAGAGCUCUUAUGGAAAUAAGGACACCGAAGAAGAUGACGAAGAGGUCGAAAUCAUCAAGCCCAGCCAAUCCGUCCGCACUCGAGUUCAAAAUAGUAACCGCGGAUUUAAGGAUCGAAUCCGGGACCGUUCUCGAGGAUCAUACAGAAAUCGGGCUCACACGAAGGAGGUGGAAACCACCACUCCCCGAGAAAAGGACUUGGAAGCCUCGCCAAGUGCUUACCAGGAAACUACCGUUGAGAAUGUGAGGCUGGGUGGCCGAAGAAAAGUUAACCGGUUCAGAAAUCGGAUCUCUGCCGCCAGACGUAAGCCUAAUACUACUCCCUCCUCACCAGCUCCAACCUUCAUCUCCAAGCGUGGAAAAGGUUCUUACGGCUCAUCCAAGCUCUCUCGACCUCGUCUUGGCAGUUCUACCUCAUCAAGUAACUAUGGCGAUGAUAGUGAGGAGGAAGAGGAUGAGGAGGAAGACACUUCGUCAACAGGUGCCAAAGUCGAGUUUAAGAAGUUCAAUCGAUUCAGUAGGCCAGAUUUAAGACAAUCGCUUCUUCAGAAAAUCCUUAAUAAGGGUGGGAAAUCGAAGGGCAUUCUGACAGUCGAAGAGCAAGAAGAGGCCAACAAAGAGGCUGAUUUGGAGGAUUCGGAAGAGUCGCUUGAAGAUGAAACCACUCUUCAAGAUCUUGGAUCCAGCUCUGUCAAGGAUGAGGAUCUUCAGACCACUUUGGAUGCAACAACUGUUUACCCUGAGACCCUCAGUUCGUCAGCUUUCUUGGAGGUGGCCACAAUUAGAUCCCCUUAUUCCUUCAAUUUUGAGGAGGGUAUGAGCACGCGCUUCAUCACUGUUACCAGGACCUUCACCAGCGACAUCAAGCCUUCCAAAACAGAGGAACCAGAUUACAAGACUUCGAGUCCCUUGUUUCAAACUGAGACUAUUCCUGCCCCGGAGAACAUCUUGACCUCGUCCCUUCCAGACUUCCACCCUUACGAGAUUUCCUCCAGUAUUGAAACUCUACCGGCGGUGCACUUGGCUUCCUCAUCUGGUGGCACGCCUCCUUUGAAGACCGUGACCGAAACUUUUAGCACCAAGGAAUUGAUGCUCAAGACUUCUUUGCUGCCCAUCGUUGUCAAUGGACAAACCAAGUUACACACCCUCACACAAUCCUAUUAUGUCACCAGAUUAGUCGAGGCUGUAAAGACCAUCCCACCCAUGGACUCGUACGAAUUCAUCCCAACCAAGGCCUUCACUGAUUUCAGCAAUGUUCUCGAUGAGGCUGGCUCCGAAAAAAGAGAGCAGCUUUUGCCAGGGGAGCUGGAAUUUAGCGAGCAAGACGAAUUCUCAGACGGACCCCACGAGAUCCGAGUGAGACCUCCGCCCGGCUUCACUGAUGAUUUGGCCCUCAUUGGUUCCAAAUUCGACCCCGUCGACUCCAUGGAGAAGCAACACAAUCCUGGUAUCGUGAAUUUGAAGAGCAAGGACACUCCGACGCUGCAACCUAGCUUUGGUCAGCAACCUUCGUCGUUGAAUCCCUUUAGCUUGGCUGGUCUUCUCGGGCAAAAGUCACAGAACACGCCCUCAUUGCCUGCUUUCAAUCCAUUAUCCGCUUUCAGUCCUGAACAGAUCAGGCACUUGGCUCUUCUUCAAUACCUUCAAAACCCCUUUGGAGGACUAGGCGGCCUUCCCAACUUGGCAUUGGGCGGUAUUAAUCCCAGCCAGAACCACGCGCCGAAUCAAGCCCAGAAUCAAGGUGGACAAGUGGUUGCCAGCAAACCGGUCAUCCGGACUGAGACCCUGUUCACGACCAAGACCGUGCCACUCAUGUUUGGGAACAAGAAGAUGGAGACAACCAUCACCUCGGCUAUUGGAGUCACCACCGUCACUGAGUACCAGCCAGAGCUCCGCACCGCAGGCCCUAACCCUAGUUUGCCAACAAACCCUGGACUGGCUUUUGGCAAUCCUUUCAACCCCGCCGCAGCUCUGGGUCUUCAGCCUUCAUUCCAGGUGACAAGUGACGCCGUAGUCAAAGAUACCGUGAUUCCCAGCACGGUCACCAAAGAAGUGAAAAUCACUUUCCGCAACGUGCCCACGGUCACUCGUCUCACUUCCACUACCAUGGUAACAACUCAAAUCACAGAAUACGUCACGAGGACUAUUCAAGCCGCGCCCACCUUGAACCCUGGCCAUGGGUUCAACCCCUACGCAGCCCUCUUGGGUUGAAGCCACCACAAAUUUCCAGGCAUUUUCGAAGGCACAUGCCGCGUGCCACGCUGAGUGAUAAUUUUUCCCCUUUUAGAAGAAAGCUUUAAGGUCACUCCAUCCCAUAACAAGCAAAUUGCAGGGUGCUACAAAAUCAAGUGAGACAGGACUCUUAAAAAGUGUGCGCUACAAAUUGCGCCAGUGCCACAACAGUUGAAUCCAGUUGAAAUGAAGCGUCCAUGUUCGUGCCCAUGUACAAUGAAAAAGAAUCUAUCGUCUUCUGCCAUAUCGCCUCAAUACUGUACACAUAAUGAUUGGGAUUCCCAUUAUUCCCUCAAAAAUACCUAUGCAUCUUUUACUACGUACAAGUGUCGUAUAUUCCCUUACGUUUUCCGUUUAUGAAUUUUUACAGCAAACAAACCUUAAAUUUGGGUAAGGCCCGGGGAUUUCUUGCGAAUAAAUACAUCUCUCAAUACAUGA